AUGGACGUUGAGCGAAUCUUACAUCUUGCCGUUCGUAGAGACCACGUACACGUGGUGCUCGUGGACACGCCGGUCACAGCGCUGUCUGCGGUAGAAGCAGCGGUGCAGAACAUCGAUGCAAGUCUCGUACGUAACGCUCUCGUCCUCGUCCUUGUGAAGCGCACUCCGCUGAACAACAACAAACUCUCUCAGCCCUGCCGCCACGUUGUGGUACUCGAAGCACCACUGGGGUUGUCGAGCUUGCACCACCAUUCCCCCCAAGACAACCGCAACGUUUCACCGCGUCCGAGUUACUGUACCAUCGACUUCCUGUCUCUUCCUGUGAUGCCGACUGCAAGCUCUUCCAUGGCCAAACAUGAGAAGACGAGCCCUGUUGUGGCUGAGGAGCUUCCGUACCUGCGUUCCGCCGACUCAUCAGACACCAAGCGUCUAGCAAACUGUUUGCUCACAGACGUCCAAAUGAGAGAGCUGGACACCGCGGUGCCCAUGUAUGAAGCCCCCGACACUGAGGCAUUGAUGGCCACUAAACCUCCUGCAAACAAGUCUAUAUAUACGAUGGAAACCCAGCAAUAUAUCGGUCGUGUUCCACUUCUAAUCACCAUUCCUCGCGAUCACAACGAUGCUCUUCCUGUCAACGAAUUCAAACUCGCAUGGCCUUCAACCCUUGCAUCCGCGUCGCUUCAGUCAUUGCGCACAGUCACUGUGGUGAAUUCGACGGUGGUUGACAUCCUCAAGUGGCUCCAAGACAUUCUCGCCGCCUCGGCCAUAGCGGUGACCGGGGAGGCGGCUCAAGAUUGUUCCUUUCUCGUGAAUUUGGCGUGGCGGCAGGAAGCCAAAUUCCAGGAAUUUUAUUCCUUGGAGGCAUCCAUUAAACUUGAAGAAAUAUAUCAGGACUUUAAAUCAAGUCAUCACUCCACAACGUCAGCAUUGCUGAGGAUUUACGAAGUUAUUGAUGACUUGACGAGGGCUCUCUUUGGAGAUUCUCUCACCAACCGAUAUUCAGAUGAUGUGCGGUGCAGCUCAGCGAUGUCCAAGCUAUUGUGUGGCAAUGCACUUACCGAGCAAACACUGCCUCUGGCAACGCGUCUCCUCGCCAGAACUUGGCAUUUACUAACUUUAUCACAGCGCCAGCUUCAUGACUGGGCUGGAAGAAGCUUCGCUUUGCCCAUAGAAGAUGAUGUUCGUGACCAACUUCUAUCAAGAGCGCAGAGGUUGCGACUGCUUCAGCUAUCAGAUCGCUGUCUCCAAAUGCACACGCCUCUACAAUUCGUUGAGGACUCUGUCCGAUCCACUGCUGCUGAUGAGAGCUGAUAAUUUUGCUCCAGUGGUACUGUAUCCGUUAACUUGGCGCUGCUAUGUUGGAUGUUAAAGUCCCAAACGUCGACUCGCGGCAAGUUUCUUUUACCUCGCUCCUCUCAUUUAUGUUCUUCAAGCUUCAAAUUUUAGCAUUAUUACCAUUUUUGUCGCUUUCGACAUUAACUAAUAUUACUAAUAUAUGGACACUAGUGCUUGGAUAGACCCUAGUGCUUACCGCACCCGAGUGCUUGGACAAAACAUCUGCCGGGCAGGAACAGUACACGGUUUAAUAAGCCAUAGUCUCUUGACCAUAGUCUAUUGACAAUGUAACCAUUGACAUUGUAAUGUUGUAUGUCGGUUGCAAAUUCCCUACUUGUAUUCAGACCGGAGAGAUUAAGUAUACCGGCGCUGAGGCAGGCCGAGGCUGGUAGUAGUAGCUGUGGCAAUCCCGGCUUGCGUACUGGUGCCUCGCUUACAGGGGAUUACCUGACAGUCGCCUAGGUGAGCUGUAUUUUGUGUUACUGUUAAAUACUGUUACUGUAUUUUGUGUUACCGUGUUUUGUGUUACUUUUACUUUGUGUGUGUUUACUGAUAGGUGGCUUAUAUUAUGAAGAAAUAAGGAGGUGUCAUGGAAGGCCGUUGGUAGGGUAGUCAUCAGGCGUCUGAAUUACCAGUGUACUUACGAUGUUUAUUUUUCUUCUAGGAUCAAGAGCUUUGUCCCUCAGUUAGCUCGCUAUCUCUCUUCUCCGCGUCUUAGCUCCGUAGUAGACUAUUUGUUGAAUGUGUUAUUUAAUAAACUUUGAGGAACUUGCCGUUGGUCAUAAAUCCC